UUAAGUUUUAGAGUACUCAGCACAUUAGUCUUGUCUUACAUUAUUUUUAUGAUCUUUUUCUUUAACUGUAUUUUCUUUCCACUUAUUGUAGAGUUGUUUUCUGUGCUCAUUACUGAACAUCCACUUGUGUACCAUUUCUAUACCCGAGUCUCUUCAACUUUGAGUUUUCUUAAAUAGUUAACAUAACACACGAUUAUGCCAUUACUUGUUUAAUGUCUGUAUUGUCUUUAUUUCUCUCUGACAAUAGAUUUUUUGGACAAUCAUGUUAACAUUAAGAUAUUUAUGAGUCAUAUCAGGGAGGGGCUGAUGUCCUAUAAGCAGUUCAUUCAGGAGCUUGAGGAUGAUAUACUACCUGCUGAAGCAGAGCGUAGGUAUCAAGAAUACAAAUCAGAGUAUAUUUCAACCCAAAAACGAGCUUAUUUUAAUGCUCAUAAGGAUGAAGAGUGGUUGAAGGAUAAAUAUCAUCCAACAAAUUUGCUUACAGUCAUUGAAAGGAGGAAUGAAAAUGCUCGACAGCUAGCAAAGGAAUUUUUGCUUGAUUUACAGAGUGGAACAUUAGAACUAAAUCCUGGUUUGGAGGCCUCUGUAUCCAACAAAUCAGGGCAAGCUAGUGAGCCAAAUUCAGAGGAGGAAGCAGACACUGGAGGCAAACGAAGAAGGCAUGGAAGGGGACCUAAUAAAGAAAAUGAUUUCUCAGCUGCUCCAAAGGCUCACCCAAUCAGUUCUGAACCAAGAAGGAUACAGGCAGAUGUUCAACAGGCUCAGGUUCUUGUCCGGAAGCUUGAUGCUGAAAAAGGGAUUGAAGAUAAUACUUUGUGCAGCAGCAGCGAUCAUAAUAAAAAUGAUGACAAGGCACACAGUGGAUCUGUGGGCCCCAUAGUAAUUAUUCGAGGCCUAACAUCUGUUAAGGGUUUAGAAGGUUUCGAACUUCUGGAUACACUUAUAACUUACCUUUGGCGGAUUCAUGGUUUGGAUUAUUAUGGCAUGAUUGAGACUAACGAGGCUAAGGGCUUUAGGCAUGUGAGACCAGAAGGGACGGGGCAUGAAGAAACAGGUAAAUCAGGGUCGGACUGGGAGAAGAAGCUUGAUUUAUUUUGGCAAGGAAGGCUGAAUGGUUUGGAUCCCUUGGAAAUAAUGACUGCUAAGGAGAAGAUAGAUGCUGCAGCAAUGGAAGUAUUGGAUCCAUAUGUUAGAAAAAUUAGGGAUGAAAAGUAUGGAUGGAAGUAUGGAUGUGGAGCCAAGGGCUGCACAAAGCUUUUUCAUGCUGCUGAAUUUGUGCACAAACAUCUGAAGCUCAAACACCCAGAGCUUGUUUUGGAACAGACUACGAAAGUACGAGAGGAUCUCUACUUUCAAAAUUACAUGAAUGAUCCAGAUGCUCCUGGCGGGACACCCAUAAUGCAGCAAUCUCAGGUAUACUGCUGUUUUUGCUUAUAACAUAAGCAUAUAUCUAGAAAAAAGAC